AACCAGCCUCGCUAAGUGAGUUGCUUUCGCACGCUGGCGUGUGUGUGUGUUUUGAUCGGGUUGUUGUUUUUUUUCCUUUCUAUUAUUACCGGUAACACCCGCACCACAUGUGCAGUUGACUCAUCGCCGAGUUACGGUCGUUUUGGGUUCCUUAUCGGUUCAAUGUUAACAACUGCGGUAACCUUCACGAUUUGAUAUCGGAAUGCGUGAUUCAACUGCACCUAAAAAAGAAGCAUGCAAAUGUGUUAAAUCGGUGUGAAAUAAAUUCUAUCGAAACGUAAAUUUAUUGAAUUAUUUACAAGAUUGUGCACGGAAAGUGUACGAAGAUUGAACUCAAAGUUCAAUGCACUAUGCCAUCGUUUCGACUCGGUAGUGUUAUAACAUGUUCCUUCCAAGACCACCUAUGCAUCCCCUCGGGGGUUCGCGUUGAAGUUUGAGCUAUAAUGGCUCACCUGCUCGGAAGAAGAUCCAUCUUGCAGCACUAGAUUCGAUAUCAUUGCGCUUCAAUACCGGCCUUCCACACACAUUAACCUCCACACCAUCGGAAGCAAAUUACAUGCGUUCUUGGAAGGCUUCAAAGCAGAUAAUCGGGGAAGUGCCGGGUGAUCAAGUGGGGAAUGGGACGGCCCGUCGGUGAUGACCAGCCGUUUCUCGUUGGUAGAGGAGCAUAAUUUUAGCUUAGCAUUUCCUACGUGGAGAUAGUAAUAAAGCAUACUGCAGGCGAGAGCGCAAGAAAUUGUUACAUUAAUUAGUGUUCAUCAGUCGCAACAGCAGCGGAAUUGUGCGGCGAGCUUAGAGAUUCUUGGUGUUAAUCCAAUCAAGAACAGAAAGGCGGAAUUCUUUACAUCGAAGUGACGGAGAAGGCAGCUAGCGAGGUGCACGUGGGUGGAAAACGCGACUGGCAGCGCGACGAGGGAAGUUCGUCCUCCUGCUUUCCCAUAAAAGUUUCCUCCCCUUCUGUGAAUGCACCCCACUGCAGUACGCUCCCAGCGACACCCGCUAGCCCGGUAGUAAAGGGCGUCUGCUUUCCCUAUGGGAAAGUGUGCCUCCAAGCAGCCGGUUUCUGGACUGAAUGAAUUUGGAAGCUCCCCUUAUCUGGCCAUCUGUAACGAAGAUGACAUCAUAUACAUCAAUGUGGGUCAAUCGGAAAGUAAGAAAUCAUCCAAAAAGGCAGCGGCCGGCCUCGAAACCAAGGGUACGGCCAUGUCCUUCGGAUUCAAAAAGCACAAAGUACACCAGUCAGGAGCGGGCGGAAAGCUACCCGGCGCACUCGGUGGCACCGAUGGCCAAACGGUCAUUCCAGGAUCAGUUUCGGGAACCGGCGGCUCAUUCAAGAAGGUGGGUGCCACCAACGGGAACCAUCUGUACGGCGGAGCUGGUUCGGAGAAAGAAAAAGCGACGGAAAAGGACAACGCCACAGUGAUCUCCAACCCCGGAGUGGAAGGCAUUUUUAGCGAUAAGAACGGCAAUAUGGGUUCGACCGAUACGAUUGACGACAGCUCAGCCAAAACGAAUAACGGUCGAUCGACGCCACGUCUUCAGCCGCCGAAGAAGGAUUCUUACGGAGCACCGUACCGGAACAAUCGGUUCGGGUUCCGUUCUACAAACGUAGUUCGACCAGCUUCGGUGGGACUGCAGCCGAAAAGUAUUGCCGACUAUGACAAGCAACAUUCCAGCAACAAUAACAACAACACUAUUCACGCUAAUAAGAAUAACAAUAACAACAAUGUAUACAUAACCGACAAACGCCGGUCAAAAAGUGCUUCAUCAGCGGCCACGGCUCGCACAACAUUUACGCCAUUGCAGCAAGCGCCGGCCCAGAUCCAACAGGAACGGGCGUCCGCAUUGCCACAUCCCGGCAUCGGUGCACUCCACAAGCCGCUGCCGAAAUAUCAAUCGCUUAACCAGCCGACGAAAAUAACUCCAUCUGACGCGUGCUCAGCAGCGACGAACGGCGCGCAACAAGUGAUGAUGAAAUGCGAUCAAGCAGAGCAUAAAAAUACUUCGCACCAUGCACCGGCGGCAUGCAGCGGAAGUAGCGACGAUCCGCGCUCACAUUCAACGGUGAAUAAUGCUAACGGCCGACAGUUCGUCUCGACCGUCGACACCGCGCAGCAACAUGUCGCCACCGGUUCUAUAACAAAAUCUGCACACACCAAUGGACAAGAAACGGCUUCGGUUGCCAAAUUUACACUGCACAGUUCCAGCCUCCCGAAGCCACAGUAUCCAGUACCGAUCAGUCUCCCUUCAGCCGCCCCGCGCUAUGACAUGGAUCCGAAAGGUGCCAAACAGGCCGUCAACAUAAGUCGCAAAGUCACACUUCAAGGAGGUCUACCACCGUAUCAGGUGGAACGAUCAUCUGACGGAAUGCACGAUCUAAAUCGAGAACCAAAUCCUAACGUUGACACCAGUUCCAUUAUCCGCAUGCCUCGCCAGCGCUAUCGUAACCUAGAGAUGAUCAUGAGUGGCCGUCACAAGUUCGAAGUGCGAGACCUGGAGACGCUCACCGCGGAACCAAUCGUGCCGCUAGCGCUUCCCAAACUUCCCAGUGCAUUUAACUCGUACGGCCUGCAGCAGCCGAUCGGUAUGACCGGUUUGGUUCGAUCCACAGAACUCCCCCGACAGCUGAGUGACGAUAUCGACAUCAACGACAAUCGAUACGAAUCAGAGCAGCACCCAUCGGUUGACCCGCUGGAACGCAAAGACUCAAUCGCUUCGUCCGAUGUCGAGAGUCUCGAGGAGGAGGAGAAACUCACCAGAGAUAAUAAUUCCUCGGAAAAAAGCCUAAAGGGAGCGAUUUUGCGCGAUCUGCAGUCCGAAGCGCAUGGUGGCAGUAAGACAUCCUCGCCGGGAAGCUCGCGUGCAUCGUGGUGCAACGCUGGGGAGACAAUGGCACCAAAGGAGUGCAGUAGUUUGAGCUUGAGCAGCAGCGAGGGCACUAAUAGGCAACAGCGGAAGCCUCCGAUUGAUCAGGAAGACAUCAGUUCCGUAACCAUCACCGCUGGUAAUCCUUCACUAAUGUCUUCAUUCUCUGCGGCCAUCCCGAUGGACAUUUCCAUCAACUUGGACAGUAUUUCGGAGGUACAGAACAGCUUCAACGAUAAUACUGCUUCCGAUCUGCCGAGCAGCAAUCAACUUUUCCGUACGGAGGAAACCAAGUUUGCCGAAAUGGCUGCUGCAGUAGAUGAUGCCAUACUGCUGGAUGAUGAGACUUCCCCGACGGACAGUCUGGUCAGCAGCUGUACCGACUCGGACGACAUACGUAAACAUCGCAAAAAACCGGUGGAAGGAAGAAACGAUAGGGACAAGGAGAAGGACAUCGACGAAAUUUCCCCCGAGCUGGAUGAACUCACCAGCCCAGUGUCCCCGGGUACUCCUACCCAUGCUUCGAACUCCCUAUCGCUGUCGGACGGUGGAAGAGAUUUUCUCAUCGAUGACGAAAUUGCCGAUCAGCCCGCGUUGGUUUUUGAUGAGCCGGCUCAUAACGACAGCAGCAUGAUUGACCUGGUGUCUCUGAAUAUGAACGCCAUUGAUGAGGCAGCGACGCUCCGUGAUUCGGUUUCAUCGUUGAACGCUAACAACAAUAAAAACUCCGCGAAAUGUGCUGCACCGGUGCCAAAACCUAGAAAAAUUAUGCCGGAUGCCUACGAAUCACCGGCUCCGAUGAGGAAGAACAAAACCCGUUUAUCCCGGGCCGAAUCACUAGACACACUCUCGCCGUGUGAUUCGAUCGCGUCGGAUGAUUUUAUGCUGGAUUUUAACAGCAGCAUGGAUUCCAUUGAUAGAGCACCUCGAUCCAUUGCCAGCGAAAGCGCAUCGGCGCUUCACUCGAUGGAUGAACUUCAGCUGUGGUCCGAGUUGGAAAACAAGGGCGGCCAGCUGAUGCACGAGUGGAGCAAGCUUUUGCGUUCACAGCGAGCCGGCAGUAGCGCCAGCAGUAACAACCAUAACGCAAGCCGCGAAAGCAUCACAUCUCAGCUACCGACAAGAGCAACCCGGUUGCUGACCAGACGUCUGCAGAACAAUGCCACGCCAACCAACUGCGGCACCGGUGGAUCCGAAAGUCCUCGCUCGAUGGAUAGCCUGCCCAGGCGGACGGCCCUGUCGGCGUCCUACAAGACGGCCACCCUCAAUCAGUUCAACAACAAUUUCACCAACGGUGGUAGCACCAUGUCGGACUCGGCCUCGACGGCCACCAAUUCGGCGGAGGAUCUGACCUUGCUGGACAAGUCCCUGCGCAACUCGAUGCUACAGGAUGUGGUUCACUUCAAGAAGCAGCUGGUGCGACUUCGCCGAAUUCUGCAGGAGGAUGAAGAAAAUUUGAUGAUGACCGAUACUCUCAACCCAUUUGAAAACAAUAAUGGGCAAUUCUUCACUACUGCUCUGACGGCAGCAGCAACAACGGCAACAACAACGACAGCAGCAACAACGGCGUCGGUACUGGAAGCAGCCGCUUCGCUGCUAGAGGAAAGCGGAAUCGCCACCGGGACGUCCAGCGUGGACAGCAAGCAGCAGGAGAAUCUCCUCAUCAAAGAGUCCGGCGUGGUGGCACUGGCUCUGCUCGAGGACCAGCGGCAGGAGCUGGCGGAUCUCAGAAGACAGGUGGUUUACCUUCAGGGUGAAAUCACCGCCAAAGAUCGCACCAUCCGCCAGCAGCAGAACUUGAUCGAAAAGUACGAAGCUGAACGGGAGAAGCUCCAGGCAGGCCUACCGAACGGUUCCGACGGCGGCUCGGGGGAUGCGGUAGCCGACAAGUCGAUCGAUACCAUCAGCACGGCAACCCAAACAGAGAGGCUCAGGCCAUUGUCAUUCGGCGGACCGGAAGGAUUAGCGAGCAGUCGAAGUGAACCAUCCACGCCAUCCCAACCAUCAGCCGUGCGGAGUGGUCUCCGAUCUUCCGCAUUCACAGCCAGCAACAGUCAUCAUCCCCACCACCAGCAGCAUCAUCACCAUCAACAUCAUAUCCCUAAUGGCAACAGCAGCAGUCCAGCAAACAGCACUUCCACCCCUUCAGCGCUCAUCAGCAGUAGCCGCACCUCGCUGAACCUCAAGCCAAAAACGCAAAUUUCGUCCGUCUACACGCAGCUCUCGUCCAUCAAGCACUCGAACCACAACGGACUCUUAGCCGGCGCUUCCAAUGCGGCUCUGUCCACUUUGAGUCACAAACGAGCUUCCCUUGGGUCCAGCAGUAACCUUAGUAACAUCCCCACCAGCAACAACAGCGGCACAAGCAGUAACAACAGCAAUGUUUCACCAACGAAAACCGUACGCACCACCCACAUCGGUAAUGUGUUGACUUCCAGCAAACUAAAUCAGCACAGCCUUUCGGGAGCAGGCGCCUCUACGUCCACCCCGCCACCGCUUCCAACGGCAGCUAACGGAACGAAAUUGCUCAAAAGCUCGGUCCGCACACAGAUGAACGGCAAGGGAGUGGCAAAUUCUCCCUCCAGUCUGGCACCGGGCGUUUUCUCGCCAAAGCGAUCGUGCGCUAUCAAACCCCCAAACUCUUUCGGGUGUAACCCGUUCCCAGAAACGCCCAUCGCGCACAAAUCCAAAUCAGCGCCUAGCACGCCCAUGAUCGAGCGCAACUCGACGUCACCCGCCCUGUCAGGCGUGCAAAUAAUUAUCGACGGUGUGAAAGAAAAUGGCUACCAUGGGCUGCAAAAUGGUUGCAGCAAUGGCCAGCACGAAGACCGGCAAAAUGAGGACGAUAAAGAGCAAGCGGCCGAGACGGAAAAGGACGCGAUAAACAAUAAGAUCUAUAGUCUUAAAUUAGCAAACGGAUUGACUGGAUGUAAUGAUAGUAGUAAUAAGGAAAGUAGUUUAGUUAUCUAGUUGCAUAAGAGAAUGAUUAUUUAUAUAUUUAAAUAAAACAAAAAAAAAAUACAACAUUUGCAAACAAACUGGUGAAAAAAAAACCUAUACAUAAAUGUGAUCCAAUAACCUAAAUUAUGUGCUUAACAAACAUGUAUUUACUCAAACCGCGAACCUUCUUUGGCAAGAAAGGAGAGCGCGCGAUCCUUUUGAAUAUAUAGGACUUAUCAAGCUUACAACACAUCUCACAUAAACUCAACACAUUUAGUCCGGAACAAAACCAAACCCCAAUCUAGAACAGCUUUUUGAGAACCAAAAUUAAAACGUCGGUCCAUAUUGCCACAAAAAAUGAUACAAUCACUGUUUUUCGGCCAAAGCACUCGUAGAAACAGUCUGUAUUUUUAGAUAAGGUGCUGCAAUGACGCUAAAAGUGAAAAACUAACCCUGUUUUUUUGUUACGUUGUUAUCCUACUCUUCACACAAACACAAACAAACGUUUCGUGCAAUCGUAUUAUACCUGUAUUCUAUAAAUGAAUUUUAUUUUUAACUCAAAGUUUAAAAAACAAGGCAGGCCCUAGUGGCCCGAAGCCGAGUAUGGAAUAGCGAGUAACCUAUUAGUAAUAUUGAGUAAGUUUCCAACUAUUACUAUAUUAUUCCUUGCAGGCAGAAGAAGUAAUUGUUUCGUAAAACAUCAUUACACACUACGCAAUUUGAAAACAGUAUAACCUCCAUACAGUAUAUCAAAUUUUCAAAUAUUUAAAUUUUGACGCUAAAUUCACUGAAACUAAUAAACAAUAAAUGAUGAAAAAAAACCUGAUUUUGCUGGUUGGGGGCUGGUAAGCAAAACUCCAAUCGUUUGACCAUGGGAAUCAUUCGAUUCGAGCAAACAGAAAACAAUUGAACCAGUGAAAUAAUCGAUUUUAAUCAGUAACUUUGAAAGGAAUUAUAGUAAAAUACAAAUCUGUCAUUUGGCCACAAUGAUCACUGAAUAUUUAAAGGGUAAAUAUAUUCCGGGAACAUAUAAA